AUGUAUGUCGAUGAAGGGGUGGACAAUUCGGGCGGCCAUGUUAAAGAACAGCACCUGGCAUGGGUUAGAUAAAGACUUGGUAAUGUUAUCGUUGAUAAGAGAUAAGAACUGAUAAUAUAUAACAGCUGAUAAGGAAGUGAGCGCGGUCUAUAUGGUCGAUGAAGAGGUGGACAAUUCGGGCAGCCACGUAUUAGGUAUAGCACCUAAGCUCUUUGCACCUUGCUUCUGCGCCUGAGGGUAAACUCUCUAUUUUAUACUACUCAUAAGCAAGUUACCUGUUGCUUCGUGGAUACGGUCGCCUGUAAAGACGAGAGUCCGGCAACCAAGUAAAUAUCCUUGCGGUGCUUUUAUGGUUUUAGUAAUUUUUUUUUUGAUCUUGUAAAAUUGAUCGCCUAUUACAGCUGCAAUCGAGGACUAAGAAUUUUUUUUUUUUUUGCUGUAAUAUUCAGAGGUGUUGAAAUUAUAUCGACCAUGGUGGCCUACAUCUACAGUAUUCUGCUGAUGAUGGUUUUGCUGUACCUUUUUAAGAAAUUGCCGAGAACUGCCACGGCAAUAUGGCUCACGGUAGUAGGGCACUGAAUUACAUACUCCUAUUUUCCUUUAUCAUUAAAUUUGGUUGUUGGCAUAUUAUUAUUUGUCACUGGCAACUCCAUUGCCCGUAAUUCUAACACAACCACUCCUAUUCAAAAGUUCAAUGGUAUUAUAAUUACAAUAGUUUUAGUGUGUUAGAAAUGAUUGCACCUAUUUUAUUUCAGAGAUUUAUAUAUUUUAUUACAGAACAAUUUUACAAUUCAUUUGCGUGGUUGUUUUAUGGAUUAGUACACGUUUGUAUAACAUGAUUAACGCAUCCGUUAAUCUGGUCGACGACUUUUAAGUCCCACAGUUUGCGAAGACUGCGGGGGCUUUGACGGUCGGUGAGCAAAAUCACUCGGUAAGCCGUAACACCUCUUGCAUGACAAACGACAUGGUUGUAAGUACAAAUUGUUAUCGUUUUGAACCGCCGAAACACGUUUAAAAUAAUUGUUGUAUUUUAUUUCAGAAUCCCCCCCCCCUUAGUGGUGUUGACGAGAUAAAAAUAUUUAACCACGAACGGUAUGUGAAAUGUCGCACCUAUAAUUUAUCGUUGUGAAAUAAUAUGCAGUUUUGUAAUAAUUCAGAUAUUAUUAAAAUAUAUAGUACAAUCAAGACUACUGGUAAGUACUUUUUCCGUAAUUUUAUAAUUUGAAAAAAAAAACCACAUGGUUAUAAUCUAUUUCGAUGUUUCAGCAAAGAGAAUGGCAUACAGCCGAAUAGAAGCUCAGAAGUAUACCGACGUCGUCAAGAAGUUCUGCAGAGACGACACCGGGGUAUAUAUUAUACUUGAUUACUUGUAAAUCGUGUAUUCACAAUAAUAAUCGCAACGAAAUGUGUUUAAUAAAUAUUUGUUGUUUUUUCUCGCUGAGACCACGAUCGCAGAACUGAACCGCAUCAAAAAGUACUGAACACAACAGCAUCUACUUUUUGUGCGGUUCGACGCCGGCAUACUUCUGGACCACGGUACCUAUAUUCACUGCCUAAUAAUAAUUUAUCGUGCUUCGUAUCUUGUGUUCGCUUAAUAUUAUAAAUUGUUUUAUUAUUAUUGUUUUACAGAGGGCUUCUAUUCGGUUUGUCCUGA